AGGACUGUUCCAGGAGCCGGGGCGCUCCAGCAGGAAGCCACAGCGCAGACAGGUCGCCUGCGGAAGGGCCAGAUCCAGGCAGCGCUGCCAAGCCCACGGACACAGCCCAGCCCGACCCACGGGGGGGAAGAACUGUUCCAGAAAUGGCAAAUGCAGAGAGGCGCAGCCUCGGAGCUGCGGAGAACGCGUCUGCGAGCUCAAAGGGGGUGAAAGGCAGUAGCUUAAAGGCAAUAAAAGUACCCGUGCUUAGGGAGCUCCCCGAAGCUGACUGCACAAGUGGCCCUGGUGACCUCGUUAAGCAGGAGGGAACAGACAAAACUCUGACAGAAGAGAAGCAGAUGCAUCUAGAAGUUGGUGCGGAGCAUAAAGCCCCUGUUCCUGCUUUGCAUACCAAGAACCUCCAUCUGUCAGCGAGAGAGGGUUUCAGAGGUCACAGUGAAGGGACAUCCAAAAAUUACCUAACCAGCAUACAAAAGCUUCAAGAGAGCAAGAAGCAGAUGGCUGUAGUUUCUGAGCCCAUCCUGAAUGCGAGGAGGGACUCGGAGCUGGCGCUGCACCAGCUCCUGCUCCACGCCUCCAAAAGCCAACCCAUCUGUCUAUCCCAGGCCUCUGGCAGGAGCACGCCAGCAGGUGCCAUGGGCUUGGAAUGGUUUCCAGACUUGUAUCCUAAUUAUGACGGGCUGACUAUUUUUCCAGGGAAGCCUUUCCAAGAAGGCGUGGGGAUCAUGAUGAAGACACCAAAGGGCAAUUUCUCGGAGGGACAGCAAGGUCCCCUCUCAGAAAGGCACCUGAUGGAUGUAAGGCUGGGGGAGCUGCCCGCCUGGCUGGCCACCCGCGACUUCUCUCCCCAGGGGCUGCUUGGAGGAAUGCGGAAAGCCUGGAGCAGCUAUUACAACAAAUACAUCAACGUGAAGAGGGGUGGACCGGCUGGGAUCUCUAUGCUGCUGGCUGGAUAUUGCCUCCUCAGCUAUGGCUGGAACUAUCAGCACAUCAAGUGUCAUCGCUGGCGUAAAUAUCACUGAAGGAGCUGGAACAGCACCCAAGGAACGGUCCCGAAUAUUUGACUGGGAGUCAGCCAGAGCGCUCAGGACCAGUGUCCCAACAGGGAUUCGCAUCAGCAGAGGCCCAUUUACCGUCAGAGACAGGUUCUUUAAUGGUUGAAAGGGCUGCUUUUCAGUUCCCCUCCUGCAGACAGAGGGGUGACAGUAACAGCCUGGGGUCACCGCUCUGCCAUUCAGGCAGUAUUUAAUAUGGAAAGGAGAAAGUGUUAGAGCCGCCCUUAAGAGGUCAGUAUGCAGUAGAGCUCCUGUAGUCUGCAAAUCUCUUGCUUUGGGACACCCAGACACAGGACAACUCCUUGAAUUGGGCUGUUAGCAUAGAUUAAUCAACACGUAGGUUGUAGUCAGUGUUUGGCAGUGAGGUUUGUGGUGGAUUGUCACAGGAUGGGGUUAGGCCAGAACAACCAUUCCCUUUAAGUUACCAGAGCUGUGCCUGGCACAGCCAUCUUCUACUCACCCCUCUCCACAGCCAGCAUGGUGGGGUUUGCUGCCGACAGGCAGGAGAAGGGUGGUCCCUGCAGGGCCCCUUCCCAAAAGGGCCCCCAGCCCCUGCUUUGCUGUCAGCACGGCGCUGGUGGGACUGCCCAGGCUCAGAGGGAAGGACCUUUGUGGAGGCAGGAAAGCAGCAGCGCUCAGACCGCAGCGCCCUAUUUCUGGAGGAAGAAAAUCCAUUGGAUGAGCUGCUGUGCCCAAAGGGCAAACCAAUGUCUGCAUCAGACGAAUGAGGACAGUUAUGAGAGUGCUAGUUGUAGCCUGCCGUCACCAAACGUGUCUGGAAAAGGAUUGGUCAUGUUACAGGCAUGAAGGGCAAGACAAAAAAAGCCUAGGAAAAAAAAUCUGAACUCUUUAUUUGAAGAGCGAAAAAAAAAAGCGGUGCAGUAGUACUAUGUCAGGGGUGCUCACCAAAAG